AUGUACGAACAGUGGAAGAAAACUUAUUAAGAAGAUGCUAGACGCUAAUACUAAGAAAGAACUGGUACUUCUAACUCUAAUGGAUCUGGGUCUUAUCGAGAUAAGUAUAACAACUAUGAAAAGGAACGAUUUAAAGAUUUUUAUAACCACAGAUAAGAGCAGCGAAAAGCUUAUAAUGAAAGAAAUAAACACCAAAAUCCAUAUCCUGUAACAGCCGAGCAAACUGUUUUGCAGCUAUUUCUCAGUUUCAUUGGAUUCUCGGCAUUCACAUUUUUGAUAUUUGGUGGAGGGCCAACUAAUCGAAAUAGAGAGGCACCGCCAGUAAUAUAACAAAGGUCUUCCUAAGUCCCAUUUUCAAAUAUUUCCUCGAUUGAUUAAACUUAUGCUCCUUACUAUACCCCAGAUGGUAGGGGCAAUAAUCAAUUUGGAAAAGUUGAAAUUCGCAUUUUGAAUAAUCCUCAGGCAUAAACAAAUACUAUCUAGACACCUUAAGAAGCUCAUAGUGGUGCUUUUGUUGCAGGUAUGCCGCCUAAGGAAGUAGAUUACUAUACAAAGAUCCAUUCUCUGCCAAUGAAUUUAGAGGUGAAGUAAAAGUAAGACUAUUCAGGGGAAAAUCAUGUGGUCAACAAACAAAGAGGAGGAGUCAUAUAAACCCAAAUAAAUCCAAAGGAAUCCAAUAUACCAGGUUAAAAGAGAAAGAAAAAGAAGAAUAACUUUAGAGAUAAAGAGAUUGAGGCCUAUGCUAGAAUCUAACAAGAUUUGAUGUCUAUUGAUGAGAAAAGCUGCAAGUUCUUUGCCAGAUUGAUAGAAUAGAGCUCAAUCAAGAUGAAUUACUUGCUUCUAUUGGUAACUAGGACUAAACUUAACAUGUCUAAUGUAGCAAAUUAAAACAUUCAUAUACAUAUAUAGAUGGAGAAGGUGAAAUAAACGAAGGACGUUAGGAAGAAUAUUCACAAAACAAUCAAGUCGAAUAGAGAGUAAAUACCUAGAGAUAAGCCAAUGAAGGAGCGAUUAAUUCAUAAAAAGAAAUGCAUAGUUAAAAGAUAAAUGCAGAAGACUGUAAAGGAAUUAGUAGUUAGAGGCAAGUGUUUUCAGAUCAGUCACACAGAAGUAAUUAACAACAGUAACGUGAUUAGUAUGAAAUUAUUUCAGCAAAAAAUAUACUAAGCCAAGGUAAAUUUUCCACUAGUAAAUUAAAUUGUAGAUUAGGCUAAUUAAGUUCUUGAUUAUAUCAGAAAAACAGAGCAGUAAGACAUUGAUGAUGACAAUGCUGUAGAGUAGAGAUAUCAUUCUAAUAAUAACAACAAUCAAAAUUAUUACCAGCCAAUAAAUAUCUAAAGUCCAGUAUCAUAGCAGAAUCAAUAAAAGGGAAAUAAGCUACUUGACAUUACUAUUGAUCUAGGUGGAGGGAAUCAUGAAAUUAUACAAGUAUACCCAGACGACAAUCCAAUGAACUUAGCUGAAUCUUUUGCACAAAGACAUAAUCUUAACCCUUUACUAACUGAAUUGCUAGCUAACUAAAUAUAAAACAAUAUUGAACAAGUAUUAUAAGAAAAAAACUAGAAGUUAGAGGAAGAUUAUCAUUAAAAUUUUAGUGGUGGCCGUCAUGGUGAUGAUAAUAAUUACUAACUCAAAGAUGAAAUUGAUGAUGAAUACCAAUACUUUGAUGAAAAUAACAAUCCUCUUGAAGGGACAACAAAGAUUAAUGAUGAGACAAACAAUACAACUGCCAAUCAUCUUUACGGGUAGCUUGGUGGUAAUAAUAUCUAUUAAAUUGGCAAGAUUAACAAAUCAGCUACAAAUAACAACUAUAGCGACAUUUAUAAUCAUAAAUCAAUGGGCUCAUCACCCUUUAAAUUUGAUAAUAGUGCAACUCAAUAGAGAAGUCGGGGAAGACCACAACAAGAUUAUACUACAAAUCCUUAGAUGUAAAAAAGACCUUAAAUAAAUGAAGUGUCUAAAAAGCUAGCUGAGUAAAAGAGACCAUAAUCUAAUCAAUAAGCUGUUCAUAAUAGGCUACACAGAUAAGAAUUAGAGAAAACAAAGAUAGCGUUUCUGAAGCAGUAGGAGGAAGAAAUUGAGAAAGAAAAAUAAGUGCUUAGGCAGUUGAGAUCCCCUUUGAGAAAACCAGUAGAUCCGAAUGAACUUAAUAUUGGAGCAAGGUUAUAUUAAAAAGGCAUGAAAAUUUAAGAAUAAAAAGAUAGAUUCGUCAAGGCAGAGAAAGAAUUGAAAGACCAAAAACUAUCCUAGGAACUAAAAUUCAAACCAGAGCUAGUAAAUAAAUAAAGAGAAAAGACAUAAGAUAGGAAAAUUAAAAAAGAAAUAGAGCUGAUCUAAUAUGGAUAACAAAUUCAAGAGAAAAAAGAGAGAGCGAGAAUCGAUAUUUAAAGAUAAGAAGAGGAAAUUUACAAUCACAGACCAAGGAUAAAUAAAAAAUCAGACAGAAUGAUUCGAGAGAAAUCCUCUGUAAUGUAGAUGUCUUCCCCAGACAAAUCAUUAGAUAUGUAAAUGCAAAAUAUUGGAUAAGUAACAAACUAAGAUGAAUCAAUGUAUAAUUCACAAAUUGGAGCAAAUAAAAAUUAGAAAUUCUUUGCAUUGUACAAUGAUGCAAUCCAGAGACUAGAUAGAUAAGAUAAAAUAUAUGCUGCUUGCAUUGACAAAGAGUGCACCUUUAAACCAACUCUAGUGACUUAACAAUCAAAACUCUCAAAGUCUGUUCUCUAUGGGGAAAAGUAAUUUGUUGCUUAGUAGGAUUCUUAAAACCCAGCAGAUGUUUCAAAUAGAAGUGGCAUCUUAGAGACUUUAAACACACCAGUUUACGAGAGAUUAGCUACAGAUGCAAAGUAAAAACUUGAGAAGAAGCAAAUUAUCAAUCAAUCAUCUAGAAAUGAAGAUAAGAUUGAUCCAGUAACUGGCAGAUCAUAUUUUAGACCAGUCACUGGUCGUAGUCCAAAGAAUAGACCCCUGGACAUGAAGAACAACAUAGGAGAUCAUUUGUAUAAGUAACAUUAAAUGAUGAUAGAAAAAUAAAUUAAACUAAAAAAAGAUGAAGAGAUUAAAAUGUCUGAGAUGAGGAAAUAAAUCCAUCAAAAUAACAAGAAAUCUGAGAAAAUAGUCGAGUAAACAAAGAGAUAAAAGCUAAAUGACAUAUUCGAGAUGUUUGAUUCGGAUUAAGAUGGCGUUAUUUCUGCAUAGAAAAUAGAUUUACAUUCACUAUAGCCAGACUUGCUAGAAAUAUUCUCGCCUUUGCUAUGUGAAAUGGAAGAAAUAGGUACAACUUUAGAUAGAGAUGAAUUUAUUGACGCAUCAAUGAGGCUAUUUACUAUUAAUUUCAAAUCACAAAAAUUAGCAGAAAAGCAUUAAUACGUUGACUAAUAAGAAGGCUAAUUAAGUUUAGCUGAGAGACUCCUUAGAAAAAAGUUUGAAUCUGAGAAUAAAAUAUAGCAGCAAAGAGAUGAGAAACAAAAAAAUGAACUUUAGGGUUGCACCUUUCAUCCUAAUAUUUCGCACAAUGGUUAAAAUAAUACUUACUAUCAUAAUAAUGUGUACACAUUUGGAGGAAGUGGUGGAGCAGGAGGUAUAUCAAUGGAGAAGUAAGUCUCAAAUCAAUAACUUGUUAAUGGAGGAGACAUAUUUGAUGUUAAUCUAAUUCAGAAUGAAGAAAGAAAUAAUAUAAAUAUUUACAGAAGAUUUUAAGGAUAUCAACAAAAUGUUCAGACAAUUAAUGGAAAUCCUCAUAACUAAAUUGAUCUUGUAGAAUUGCAUUAAUGA